AUGAAGAAGACCUGCGGGGGAGCAGCCUGGAAGAGAGUAGCAUUAGAGAGGAAAGAAUGGAAAAGGAUGGGACAGAACACGAUGGUCGAGAGCAAACAGAAUACCAAAAUGGCUCUUAUGCAUUGUCGUCCCACGGGAUGGCUUGUUAAGUAUUCUCCAGCUCAACAUGGCCUACUUUUAGUCGACAAAGAUUUCGAAGAUGAGCAAACGUUGAAGAAGAAAUACUCGAUGCUGCUCAGUUAUCUCCUACUACUAGUACCAGAAGAUUGUCACGUCGUUUCGGUGUUUCCUCUACCAGCGGAUGGCGAACGAGAACAACAAUUGUAUCCAUUUCACGCAUCGAGUAGACAAGAUUUGUUACAAGAUUAUGACCAGCGCAGAAAUUUCUCCUAA